AUGUCCUCGUCCGCGCAGCCCUCCAACUUUCAGGUCCCGCCAUUCCACCGGCUCCUCAGCUUCUACUCGAACCGAAAUCCGUACGACUCCCAGACGAUCCGGUUACAGGAUAGCAUUAAAGGCAACCUUGCCCUCGGACUGGACUUUCCCGUAGCCUGUGCUGUAGCCCUCGGUCGUCACCUCUUCCUCCGCAACGUUGGCUUCUUCAGCCUCUCCGUCUUCGUACCGAAAGUCUCCUGGCGAACCACCCCUCUCGAAGGCUUACAAGUCGACGAAAAGAAAGCCUACACAUGCUCCGAGCUCGUUGGUGAAGCUAGGAAGCAGAACUUGGGUGUCAUGGGCGUGGUGGAAUGUGCCGGGUUAUGGAGUUUGGCGGCGGAUGUGCACACGGGGUUGGUGAAGGGAGAGGAUGUGGAGGGGUUCAAGAGGGGGACUGUGUUCAAGAAUUUGGAGCAGAGGAGGAAGGAUCGGAGCCAGGUUCUGCCGCUUUGGAGGGGAGGACCGAUCUCUGUGGCGGGACAUUCAUGGGUUGUGGGGAGGAUGUUUGGGGUGGAGGUUUACUUGGCUGAUGGGGAGAGGAAGGAGGAUUGA